AAUUCCCCUGCACAAGUUCAAGUCCAUUCGCCGCACCAUGACGGAGGCGGGGGGCUCCGUGGAAGACCUGAUUGCCAAUGGUCCUUUGACUAAGUACUCACCACAGUUGUCCGCCAAGACCUCGGGGCCGGUUCCCGAGCAACUGAAAAACUACAUGGAUGCUCAGUACUACGGGGAGAUCGGCAUUGGAACCCCGGCACAGUGCUUCACGGUCGUCUUCGACACUGGCUCCUCCAACCUGUGGGUCCCCUCUUCCCACUGCAAUAUGCUCGACAUAGCCUGCUGGUUCCACCACAAGUACCACAGUGACAAGUCCAGCACUUACGUGAAGAACGGCUCAACCUUCGACAUCCACUAUGGCUCGGGUAGCCUUUCUGGGUACCUGAGCCAGGACACUGUGUCGGUGCCCUGUAAAUCAACCGCAUCUAACCCAGACAGCCUUCAAGUGAAGAAGCAGAUCUUUGGGGAGGCUGUCAAGCAGCCAGGCAUCACCUUCAUCGCGGCCAAGUUUGAUGGCAUCCUGGGCAUGGCUUACCCCCGCAUCUCCGUCAACAACGUCCUGCCAGUCUUUGACAACCUGAUGGAGCAGAAGCUGGUGGAAAAGAACAUCUUCUCCUUCUACCUGAACAGGGAUCCGACUGCGCAACCUGGCGGGGAGCUAAUGCUGGGCGGCAUUGACAGCAAGUACUACACGGGCUCCUUCACCUACCUGAAUGUCACCCGCAAGGCCUACUGGCAGGUCCACAUGGACCAGUUGGAGGUGGGCAACGGGCUGAAUUUGUGCAAGGGGGGCUGUGAGGCUAUCGUGGACACGGGCACCUCUCUCCUCGUGGGCCCUGUGGAUGAAGUGAAGGAGCUGCAGAAGGCCAUUGGGGCUGUGCCACUGAUCCAGGGCGAAUAUAUGAUCCCCUGUGAGAAGGUGUCCAGCCUGCCCUCAGUCACCCUGAAGCUUGGAGGCAGUGACUACACCCUGAGCGCAGAGGACUAUGUUCUCAAGGUGUCACAAGGUGGGAAGACCAUCUGCCUGAGCGGCUUCAUGGGCAUGGACAUCCCUCCGCCCAGCGGGCCUCUCUGGAUCCUGGGUGACGUCUUUAUUGGCCGCUACUACACCGUCUUUGACAGAGACAACAACAGGGUGGGCUUCGCCAAGGCUGCCAAGCUCUAGCUCUCUUCUGUCCAGUGGUGGAAAAAAGGCCCGGAGUCCAGUAGGAGGCUGCCCAGCCCCCAGCCCUCCAGCCCCUUCCCCACUCACACUUGCACACUUACACACUCGCCACAUGGCUCUGGAGGCCCUGGGCCUGUCACUGUUCGGUGGUUUCCCUCCCUGGACUCAGAAGCACUGCCGGUCUAUUGAGACAAUGGAGACUGGUCCAGUGCACGGAUCUGUUUCACUCGGAAGACCCAGCACGGGCUUGGUGACGGCCCAGUUUGCAUCCCAGGGGCCCCCGCCUUGCAACAGACUCCUCCCCUGGAAACUGGCCCACCUGAGGUCUGUCUGCCCAUCCUCGGCCCCACCAGGCUCUACCACUUGCACCCAUCUGUAUGCCCCAGCCACUGCAGAGGCCCCAGAGGUCAUAAGGAGCAUGUGGACUAAAGCCGGCCUAGUAGGCUGCAGGGUCAUCCAGGGGUUUGAAUGGGCACACAUUGGCCUGGGUGGGGGCAGAAUGGCUGGGGGCUAGCACGAACCUUCCUCUCUGGCUGACCUCUGCUCCUCUUCCCCUGGGGAACUGAGAGUCACAGUGAUGUGAAAUGAAAAUACAGUUGUUUGGGCCUCUA